AUGGAGCCCGUCUCGCAGCCAGCACCGAGUGCCGAUACCCAAUCAGCCGAGCAGCUCCCGCCAGAAGCCGUGGCUCUAGCAGGAAGGUUCUUCGACGCCGCCCGGGCAGGUCAGACGGAUCUAUUCGAGCAAGCCUUGCCAAGGGGUCUACCUGCGAAUCUGACCAACGACAAGGGCGACACAUUGCUGAUGCUUGCCUCUUACCACGGUCAUGCACCGCUGGCCUUGAUGCUUGUGCAGCACGGCGCAGACCCCAAUCGCCUGAACGAUCGAGGGCAAUCCAUCCUAGCAGGAGCGGUCUUCAAGAACGAGACCGAAGUGAUUGACAUCCUCUUAGAAGCCGGGGCUGAUCCUGAGGUCGGGCAGCCGAGCGCUCUGGAGGCAACAAGAGUCUUCAGACAAGAAGCAUAUGAACUAAAGUUCAAAGAGCAGGUGGAGAAACUGAACGCCGCCAAAGACAGAGCCAUGGCCGGCAGUUCAUGA